CUGCAUAUUUUUGGAAAAUGGCUGCUCUCUGGACUGACGUCUUCGCUGAUCCACAGAUCCUUGAAGAGCUGAGACCCAUAGCCAUCGACAAAGCUCUACUUCAGGGAGUCCUCAUGAGGACGAAGGAUGACCCCAAUUCAUCAGAAGUGGUGAAUUUUGCCCCAUUUACACUGCUUCCCUCUCCUGUGCCCAAAGCGCUCUUUGACCAAGCCAAGUCUGUCCAAGAGGAUUUCAACCUCCUGGUUGAUCGCAUUAGCCAGGACCCCUUAUUCUUGGAACAGACUCUUUCCAGCACCAUGAAGGUCGAUGACUUCAUAAAACGACUUUUUGAGAUCUACAGGCAUGUUCAGGAUGAAGGGUUGGUUCAGUCUGUGUUUUUAGGCAUUAAUCGCUCCGAUUACAUGUUUGACUGCCGAGAAAAUGGGACAUCAUUGAAGCAAAUAGAGAUUAACACCAUCGCGGCCAGCUUUGGGGGUCUGACCUCGAGGACCCCUGCUGUGCAUCAACAUGUAUUGAAUACCUUGGGUAAGACGGAAGAGGCGUCUAAAAUACUUCCGAACAAUCCGUCGUUUGGGAUCACCAACGGUAUUGCAAAAGCCUGGGAACUCUAUGGCUCUGAAAAGGCUGUUGUCAUGUUUUUGGUUGAAACCACGCAGAGAAACAUAUUUGAUCACCGAUAUAUUGAAAAUGAGCUUUGGAACAGGAAUAUCCGGGUCAUCAGGAGGCGUCUAAGAGAUGUGUUUGAGAGAGGAUCUUUAAAUGCAGAGAGGUGCCUCUUGGUAGAUGGAUACGAGGUUGCAGUGGCUUAUUUCAGAACUGGUUACAUGCCCCAAGACUACAAUGAGCAGGAUUGGGAAGCCCGCCUCCUGAUGGAGAGAUCCAAAGCUGUGAAGUGCCCGGAUAUUGCCACUCAGCUGGUUGGCACAAAAAAGGUCCAGCAGGAACUCAGCCGCCCGCUUACUCUGGAGAAAUUCCUACCGGAUCAACCGGAAGCAGUUGCCCGGAUAAGAGAGACCUUCGCGGGGUUGUACACGUUGGAUAUUGGUGAAGAAGGAGAUAAAACGGUGAAAAUCGCUCUUUCGGACCCGGAACAGUUUGUGCUGAAGCCGCAGAGAGAAGGUGGAGGGAACAAUAUCUACGGUGAGGAGAUAAGAGAAGUGCUGGAAAAGGUUAAAGACAGCGUUGAGCGGACCUCCUAUAUUCUGAUGGAUAAAAUCAAACCGCAGCCUGUAAAGAAUUGCCUCCUGAAGGCCAACGGCCGGUUGCAGGUUUCCGAGUGCAUCAGCGAGCUGGGCAUGUUUGGCGUCUACGUGAGGCACGGCAAAGAAACGGUCCUUAACGAAGGAGUCGGGCAUCUUCUUCGGACCAAGGCUACGGAGCAUGCGGACGGCGGCGUGGCAGCAGGGGUGGCCGUUCUGGACAACCCUUACCUCGUGUAACAUUGGACUGGCUCGUGAGCUUGCAAACGCUCGAUGUGCCUAUAAUCCCCACGCUGGACCUUAAACAAAGUGAGAAGGGAGGCUCUGAACGUUAUAUGAAACCAUUGAUUAGAGUCGUUUAGCUUCAGAGCUUGGAGUGCAGGAUCGGUGGCCAGAGCCCCUGUGUAAGUAAUACUUUCCCUGUGCGGGGUCGCUAUCAUUUCCCAACCGU